ACGCAGGCGCGGUGGCCGCCGGGAAGUGAUGGGUCCGCUAGUGCGCGACCCGCUGGCGGCUCGGGCCCGGCCCUUGCCGCUGCUCCCCGGGGUCGGGACGGUGCGCGAUCUCCGUCGCCAUCGCGCGCGAGCGCAGAAUAUCCCUGAAGAGAGCUUGUAUGUGAAAUGUAAUGGGCGACUAGUUGAUGACGAAGACCUACUGCAGGAUGGAGCUGUUUAUAGUGUGGAACCAAGACUUUGUGGUGGAAAAGGAGGGUUUGGAUCUAUGCUGCGAGCACUUGGUGCCCAGAUUGAAAAGACCACGAACAGAGAGGCUUGCCGAGAUCUCAGUGGAAGGAGACUUCGAGAUGUCAAUCAUGAAAAAGCGAUGGCUGAAUGGGUAAAGCAGCAAGCAGAACGAGAAGCAGAAAAAGAGCAAAGGCGCUUGGAAAGGCUGCAGCGGAAACUUGCGGAGCCAAAGCACUUUUUCACAAAUCCAGACUACCAGCAGCAGUGUCAUGAAAUGGCUGAGCGGCUAGAAGAUUCGGUUCUUAAAGGAUUGCAGGCUUCUUCAAGCAAAAUAGUGUCACCAGAAAGUGGCGAUAGUCGGAAGCGUCCAGGUGAAUCUGGAAAGAAUGGAACAAAAUCUCAAAAAAGAAAAUGUUUUUGGCUGGGAUUAGAAGGAUUGGAUGAUCGUGACAGUUCGGAUAGUGAUGAUGACAAUGAAGAUGACUCCCCUUAUGCAUGUGACAGAAGUUGUCCGUCAGGCAGCAGAUGUAAUGAAAAUGCUGGAAAUUCAAAUGAAUGUUCAAGCAGCCCUGUGGAUUUGGUAGAUGACAGUCCAGGUACCAGCACAACUGAGAAACUUCUGGAGCAGCCAGAAGGUACUCGAAGAGGUCUGCAAGAAGAGAAUCAUGCAAGUGGGCAAACUGAAAUUCCAGCUGAUGAAAAUAAAAUGACAAAGCUGUUGAAGGAAGAGGCCCAAGAAAAGAAUGAGGUAACUGAAGUUCUGAAAGAAGAGGAACAAGAAAAUGUUUCUUCUAAGGCACAGGAAACAAACCAGAUACAGAGCACAGAGGUGGAACCAAUAGACCUACUGGCCUUCCACUCUGCUGCUGAGAUGGAAGCCCUGGGCUUGGACAAACUGAAGAUGGAAUUGAUGUCUUUAGGACUGAAAUGUGGAGGCACUUUAAAGGAAAGAGCGGCAAGGCUUUUCUCAGUGAGAGGUCUGUCUAGAGACCAGAUUGAUCCUGCCUUAUUUGCAAAGCCCUCUAAAGGGAAAAAAAAGUGAUUUUUAAAGAAAACAUAUUUUGUAUCCAUGUGAUUUUAAAUUUUUCUUAUUCUGUUAUUCUGUACUGCUGCGUGUAAUUCUUUGGCAUCCCCGGAUAGUUUUGGUAGUUCUAUUCUUAGUUAAUGUAACACAGAGUAAUUUGCUAGAUAGUGAGUUAGUUAUGUGUUCAGUAUUAAAGGAGUGAAACUACAAUCUUCUGAUAAACUUUACAAAUGGUUGCAGUAAUUCUUAUUAUAAUGCAACAGGUAGAACAGACCUGUAUGUGGAAGGAAAAACCUGAAUGUUUUCUGGAAAAUUGUUGUAUGAUACCACCUACUUUAAGAAAAAUGGCAAUCCUUUCAUAGCUUUAUACUGAAUCUACUUUCACAUGUAUUCCAGUUAGCACAGGUACAACUGUCAACGGGGAAACAUUAAACUUAUGAUCCAGACUUGAAAGUUCCUUUAUAUAAAAAAAACAUUUUUGUAUGGGAAGAUCAGUGUAAGUAAAUAUGCUGUUCUGUGAGUUUCUGUGGGUUAUCAGAUGUCAGUAUGAUACAAAUUACUAAUGCAAGUAAAUAUUUCUUUUAGGAGAAAUAUAAAUAAUGGUAUUUACUGAUUUUGCUCUGGAAGGGUAUCUGAGGGAAGAGAGAGAAUCAUAUCCUUAAGAAAUUAAAAAGAACAAAAAGUGCAUUUGCUGGCUGCUGUAGGUUAGUAAAAUACAGAGUGAUCAUUUGAAACUGAAUGGGAAAUUCAGGAUGGGUUUUAAUUUUUCUUUUUGUGGUAAAGAUAAUGGAAUUGUCUCCCAAGGAUCUGCAGUGCUGGUGCUUUAUCCUAUAGCAGCAUCUGUAGACUCAGUGCUGGGUGUUG